CACCACGCGAGACCAAGCUUCACUGCUACAAGUAACAUCAUUGCGGCUCUUCCGCAGUUAAGGUCCUUGUAUGAAAUAAUGAGGACCUCAUGACACGGCCUAUUAAUAUUUCAUUGCUAUGUCAGGACAAGAAGAACAUCAUGCCUCGGACGCGUCCACCAAGACUCAAACGCGCUCCCACAUCCUGACGCCAGCAUCCGACAACCUUGUGAUUUCGAGUGAUGGCAGAAGCUCCGGCCCCAAGAAGCGGAAACGAGAUGGCAACACCAUGGAAGACCUUUUGAAAGAUGCCUUUGUCGUGAGACCAUACCCUUCUGGUGCCCCCGCUAAAACACGAACUUUGCAACCUUUGAUGCUCUUACCUCGAUCCCAACUACCAUUAUCUUCCCUCGAUAUUGUGUCAUCUGCUAAGACUCUGGGCCAAUCACGACUGUUCGAGACUCAUGUCAAGAUAUUGGAAUUGGAGGACCGAAUGGGAAGCCAGCCGAUGGUGCUCAUUGCUAGACUUGACGAUGCUCGCACAGUAUGUGCGGUGGAACGAGAGAGUCGCGGACUCUACGCCCUGUGUCAACUUGGGUCCUGGAUUAAUUUGCAAGGGCUGAAGGUCGAAGCAGUCGUAUCCAAGCCAGAGAUGCACAAAUUAUCUGAAAAUGGGCCUCCAGGGAUUGCAUUUCCUCAAUCAGCCACCCCACUCGUAACCCCGGAGUCAAGCAAAUACGGUAAGAAAAAGCGGCUCGCCAUUGAGGCUAUCCAAUCCAUGGUGAAGCGUCCUUCGACUUCCCUUGCCACCGAAUCCCAAGAGUCUCCAAUUGAGCCGGAAUCAUCCACAACCCUACAGGUGACAGAGGGGGUUACUGGUCCACCCCCGCAAGAGGAGCUUGCAACGCAACUCACCGCAGCCGAGAUAUUUGAAAACAUUCGGAAUCAGUAUUUUGAAGCACUUUACCUUUCCAAGGCUUCGUUGGCAUAUUUCGCCAAAGGACCUCUUUCACGUGCCAGGGCUGCAUUUCACCUUGAUUAUGAUUCGACGCUUGAUCUGAAUGAUCAUAUUGCAUUUUUAGAGAGCCUUGUGAUGUCCACAACAUUGAUCGACAAAAAAUACCGCGACGGUGUCCCUACUUGUAUCGCCUUGAUCGAUAUCCAAGAUCACAGCGCAGAAGAUGCUACCCGAACCUCCGGUAAACCCAAGAAGAGGAAAAGCAGUAAGAAAAUGAAGCCUGACAAAACCGGUUUGUACCCUACUGAGAAUACUCUGAUUCGACGAUGGUGGGCAAGCCAAGACGAUGACGCAGAAUCUGGAGCACCUGGGAGCUCUAGAGAUGAGCUGACGAAACGUCGUAUCUCUCAAUUACGAAUCAGAGAAACCCAACUUCAGAUGAUAGUGAUCCUCGAAGUCCUUGCUCUACAGCCUCUGGCAUCAACGACAGAAGAUGCGGGACUGGGCUUGCCAGCCACUGUUCGAACGACUGAAGUUGCAGAAGCGAAGGACAGAUCGGCCAAGACCAAGAAACCUGGCCAUCUCACUAUGCUCAUUGACGUGCAUAUAGAUAGAUUGUGUAUUUGGCAAUCUAUUGCCCUUGAAGCAGGGAAAAGCCCUGUCAAUAACUCAGAAAAAUCUUCUGAACAACCGGACGAAGUGACAAACGCAGUCAAGCAUGCAGACAACAUUCUAAAGGACUUUUGCAUCGACAUCAUCGCCCCGUUCUUUUCUUCUCGCCUCCCCGAGCGGUGUGCAAUUAUCAACAGGAAACUUGGGGGUCCUGUUGUCGUUUCUCCGCCAAGACCAAAGCUUUCUAAAGCUUCUAGCUUUUCGAGCGCGCCUUCUCGGCCCGGUGCUGCCACAAAACGCCCUGUUCCGGCCAAACCUCGCAGGAGCCUACAACGUGUGCUGACUGAUGAUCGGGAACGACGAAGCAUGUCUAGAGGUCCUAACAAAGCAAUAGCCUUGAUGAGAUCUGCAACAAUGCCAACAAUGCCUGGAGUGAAGAGGGAAGGCAGUGAAGCCCCUUCAUUAUCUAGUAUCCCCACCGCAGAUUCUCAAUCUUUAGAAGCGAAUCGGGGCGGCGUGCUGAAGUCCAAGCGCUUCUUCCAGCGGGAGGUAGAUUUGAGCAGCUUGGCUCCCGAAGGAAGCGGAAACACAAAGGCAAAGAAGCAAGCCAUCAUAGAAGCGGAGCUCAAAGAUGCUAUUUCCGCUCUGAAAAAGCCAAAUCGCGAGUUGGCUGGGAAAUCACUGGUUGAGACCGCCGAGAAACGAACGGCCUCGGCCUCUCACGCUCGAAAAUCUAAGAAGCCCAUCAGGAAUCCAUUAUUCCACGGAGUUCAAAUCUCUGCGACACCUAAAGCUAAUCGUCAGAAAGACAUGGCUCCCGAAUCUCAGCAUUCCAGCUUGGCAAAAUCGAUUGAAGGCUCCGGGUCGGCAUUUAUUCCUGUAUCAAGUUUGCCAAGGAUUCCUCAAUCUGCCUUGCGACCGUCGUAUGAAGGGAUGCCAAAGAAGAAUCCAUUGUAUUCAGCUAUUCAAGCGACUCCAACGCGAAAGGCGGGCCCCGGUUCCUCUCAAAGGGGAGGUCUGUUGUGUCCACCUGACCAUGAUCAUAAUGGAUACCUCCCUUCUUCGCCGCUGCAUGUUCGCCGGUCCAGCGCUCAGUUGUUUACAGCUGUACCUAAUUCCACUGCAAAGGGAGAGUCCACGUCUUUAUCCCACGGGGUUCAGGAAACACCAGAGAAGCGGAGACAAGAAAUGAUGUUCGAUCACAGCCAUCCUGGGUUGUCAGGGCCUGGGAGUGACAAGGAGAAUGACAGGGCAGAAAGGAGGAAGGUGUUAAUAGCCACUUCGAGUCAAGAAACUGGAAGGAGCGAAGAGAACAUAUACAAAUCCCUUGGGUGGGAUGAUGCUGACGACAUUGAUGACCUGGCAUGA